AUUGACUUCCUGUCUCCAGUUCGAAUUUCCUCGUGAAAUACACGUGAAGUCAACACAGAGACUGUUUGGACAAAAGAAAUUCCGAUCAUGGCAUCGUUACGAAAAGCAGGUAAAUCAGGUGCCCGAUCAUACAAGGAGAGGAGUCAGCCUUCCAGCAGAGCCCAUCUUGGAUUUCUGGAGAAGAAAAAAGAUUACAAAGAAAGAGCAGAGGACUUUCAAAGAAAACAGAAUACUCUAAAAGUUCUGAAAAGAAAGGCAUUAAAUCGUAAUCCAGAUGAAUUUUAUUUUAACAUGGUCAAAACACAAAAAGUGGAUGGUGUACACCAGGAGAAAGGGGAGACAGAACCAGUCCACACAGAGGCUGAACUGAAGUUAAUGUUCUCACAGGAUCAGAGAUAUGUUACCAUGAAGAGGACAUCAGAACUGAAUAAAAUUGAACGCUUGAAGUCCAAUCUUCAUCUGAUGGACAAUGACACAGCACCUAAAAAUAAACACACGGUUUUUGUGGAUACAGACAAAGAAGUCAAAGAAUUUGAUGCAGCCAAUUACUUUGGUACUCACCCUUCUCUGGUCAACAGGAGGCAUAACCGACCAACACUGGACAGUCUAAAGAACAUGGAAAUACGGGGGAACUUAAAUGAGGAGGAUCUAAAGGCAGUAUCAAAGCAAAAACAACAGAGAUAUCAAGAGCUGGUCAAACGAAUAGAGAGGGAAAAGGAACUCCAUGUAAUACAACAGAAGAUGGAAAUGAAGAAACAUUUAAUGGAUAAGAAAGAAAAGCGUACAAAAUUACAAGGGGAGACAAAAACCUCAGCUCCUGUCUACAGAUGGCGCCACAAAAGAAAACGAUAAUUGGCUAAAAAUAGAUUGUGACAUUGUUUAUGAUUGACUAUUGCUGAAAUUGUUAUAACAAUCAGUGUUGAUAGCCAAGUAGAUAACUGGCAUAAUUGAAUUAUGAUAACUAUUGAAAGAGAUCCCGAUGUAAUUGCUACUAAAGGGAUACAGAAAGACAUUUUUUUAGUGAUCUCAGUUUGCAGAAAGAAGUCUCUGUACAUUGUCAUGAAUGAAAUAUUCAG